CACCAACAGAGCAGGUCUCCGUGACCCAUUUAGGUAAUCGCCGGGCUUAAGUAGCAGCCUUAUUGGUCUUGGCCGUCCUCUCUGUAGUAGCGGUCUAUCGAUCCGUUGGUUUGUGUCUUUAUUUUCCAUACCUGCCGCUGCAGAGGACGCGCUGUUCGCUCUACAGCAUUUUCUUACUGAGCUGUCAGGAUCCUACUGAGCCUUGAGGUCAGACAGCCAUGGGAACCAGGAGGGUGCUGGUAACCGGAUGUUCCUCUGGCAUUGGCUUGGCUGUGGCUGCACGGCUGGCCAAGGAUGAGUUUAAACGCUUUAAAGUGGUUGCCACAAUGAGGGAUCUUACGAAACGGGGGCCCUUAGAGAAGGCAGCAGGUGACUCCUUAAACAAAACCCUGGAAAUCAAAGAGUUAGAUGCCUGUUGUGAAGUCUCCAUCAGAGAGUGUGUCAACAGCCUGCCGGACAGACGAGUGGACGUUCUGGUGAACAAUGCUGGUGUUGGCAUGAUUGGACCGCUGGAGUGCCAAAGUAUCAACGCCAUGAAGGAGCUUUUUGACACAAAUUUCUUUGGCCUGGCGCGGCUGGUGAAAGAGUUGCUGCCCGACAUGAAGCGGAGGCAGAGUGGCCAUAUUGUGGUGAUGAGCAGCGUCAUGGGACUGCAGGGGCUUCUGUUCAAUGACGUCUACUCUGCCUCCAAAUUUGCUGUGGAAGGAUUUUGUGAGAGUCUGGCAGUGCAAGCAAUGAAGUUUAACAUCAAGACGACUCUAGUGGAACCUGGCCCUGUGGUAACAGAGUUUGAGAGGAAAGUGUAUGAAGAGGCUGAGAAGAUGGAUCUGUCAGGGACAGACGAGGACACUGCCAGAAUCUUCCGUGAAGUUUACCUGCCAUAUUCUAAGAAAGUCUUCGCCUCAUUAGGCCAGACACCAGAAGAAGUGGCUGAGCAAACAGUCAAAGUGAUCACAUCCAAGGAACCUCCUCUGCGCCACCAGACCAACCGCCUGUACAUGCCCAUGACUGCACUGAAGCACGCAGAUCCAACUGGUCGAUUGCCUCUGGAUACAUUUUAUAAGAUGAUCUUUAAGCAUGACAAUGUGUUCAAUGCUACUCUCGGGGUGCUGCGGAUGUUCCAGAGGCAGACAGGGAAAAAAUAAAGAUUUAACUACCCAGAAUAUAAAUAUUAUUCUUAAGAAGAUAGUGAAUGACUGCAGUCAUUGUUGUCACAGUUUUAAAUGUGUAAUGUCAAGCUGUAAGGUCACCAAAGUUUCCCUCUGAGCAGCAAUGCACAUGGAACAGACCACUGAAUGUUUUCUGUACAAUACAGUAACUCUUAAAAAUAACACUAAUGCCUCAAGUAGCGUAAAUCCUGUUUGAGCUCAUGUUAAUAACACUGCACAGUUGGGUGGACAUGGGCACAGUUUCAUGGACUAAAUAUUAGGUCUAAUACAAUAAUCCUGCAACUUGUGAUACCAUUGUGAAUACCAUCAGGGAAAUUUUGUUGAUAUAGACAGAUCAAAUAGGUUUUCUUUCAUUGUUGCUCUAAUAUUUUAGGCUGUGGCUUGAAAUGGCGUGAGAAUAACCGACAACUAUGAAUCUAAUUCAAUCCAGUAUUUCAUUAUGAGGACCUGAAUUAAUGAAUAUCCUUCCUUAAAAUGUGAAACAAGCACUGAACACGAGGACACAAACAUGUAGUUCCCUACAGUUUUUAUUAUAAGUAACUUAUCUUACAACUUUUGACUGUGGAAAGAAAAACCGUGGAAAGGUUUUAUGUACAAUGAUUUUGAACUACUUUUAAACAAGUAUAGAAAUUAAUAAUGAUAGAAAAUAUCUAUGACUGUUCUAAUAACACAAGGCCAAUAAAAUAUCAGUCACAGCCUCAGCUUCAAAUAAUGCUAAAUGGAGUACAUUUUAUUUUUGUCCUUUUUAGUACAUAACAAUCAUUUUAGAAACAUAAGACUUCUCAAGCAAAGAUCUACCCAGAACAAACAUAUUUACAAACAGAAGUUGGGAGGUUGAAAUGUACAGAACACUUAGUGCGACCUGGUAGGGACACUGAAAGACCAGUUAUAUAUAAAAAUAAAAAAAAACAAAAACAGACUCAUUCUAUAGUGAACAGAAUAAAACCAGUGACAAAUAAACUGUCAUGCAACUGU